AGGAAAUCAUUUCUUUUAUUGUGAAACGUCUAAACGGAAGUCCGUCAAUCUGCAUCCCCGAUCGACACUGCACUCUGGCUCAAGAAGCAACACUUUUCAAGAGAUGGCGCCCUCUACUGUGACAACGGUGGUGUUGCUUGGCCUUCAGUUGAUGUUGGUACAAAGCGCUCACCAUCAUUCUGAACAUGACAUGAAUGUCUUGCUGGGAGAGAAGGACUCUGAGGACUUAAAGAAAUCAAGUCCAGACGUGCAGAGACAGAAGAUGUUGGAAAUUGUGAAGAAGAUGGACAAAAAUGCUGACAAACACCUAAGCACAGAGGAGAUUGCUCUAUGGAUUCAGCAAGUGUACCGAAAAUAUGCCAUGGAAGACGCAGAGGAGCGCUUUGGCGAAUUUGACACCGACAAAGACGGUGUCGUUUCGUGGGAGGAGUACAACAUGGCCACUCAUGACAAGCUCUUGGAUUUUGAUGAAAGCACCGUCAUGGACGAUCCGGAGCAAGAGUCUCUGAAACAUCUCCACCUCAAGGAGAGGAGGCGCUUCAAUUUCGCUGACCUGGACGGUACGCCCGGCCUCAAUGUAACUGAGUUCCUGGCCUUCACCCACCCGUCUGAAGUGGACCAUAUGGCUGAUUUUGCAAUUGAGGACGUGCUGAGUGACUACGACACUGAUCAAGAUGGACUGAUCAGUCUGAAGGAAUUCAUUGGUGAUAUUCGACGUGAAGAGGACAACCCUUCCCAGUGGGAGAUUGAGGAAAGCGUGCGCUUCAAGGACCUCUACGAUCAAGACAAGGACGGCAAGCUGAAUCGCGAGGAGCAACUCCGCUGGAUUGCGCCCAACAGCUACGGCGCUGCUCGGGAAGAAGCCCUUCACCUGAUUAAGGAGAUGGACCAGGAUGGAGAUGAGCGGAUCUCAGAGGCUGAAGUCUUGCAAAACCAAGAGAUUUUCAUCAACAGCGAAGUGACAGACUACGGCAGACACCUGCAGUUGUCGCAUGACGAACUCUAAGAUUUGUUUAUCUGCUCCAACCUCAAGCAUUUGUUGUAUUAAACGCAGCAGCACAAUACCGCUGGGGAACUUUCUGAGCUAGAACAAUGCUGAUUGGCUCUUUGGUCAUCGCCGGCGUGUGAAAAAGCGAAGUGACAGCACACUUGUUUGCUACUCGCUGACACUCUUCUUCCUCUUUUCAAACAAAUGAUCGGAGGCGCCGUGCCACAGCUCGUUUCCUGGAACGUUUUUCCACUUGUGUUAAAGCCCGCUGGUGUUCCGAGGCACAUUAACAAGCUAGAACGGAGGGGAACCACUCAGGAUGGAGUUAGAAUUUAAGGAUGCCUUUUGGGUGAGCUUGUGCCAUGAUUCAUUGCUAUUUUUUUCUUGUUUUGAGGAUCAAAUUUUGUGGAGCACUGAGAGUUCAUUUGGUUACUUUUUUUGGUCAUGUCAUUUUACCACUUGCAGAAAACAGAAUUUCAAAAGUACCAAAGUAUUGCGAGUUUAAAAUGAAUGUUACUAAUCUACCAAUGUAAACAUGUGUUCUAUGUUGCCCAUGAGAUGAAUUAAAACGAUUUGAAAUGUAG